AAUCUUUCUUGAUAAUUGAUUUAAAUCAUUUUUGAUUAAAGAACAAAUGAGACAACAGAAAAGGCAACUGAACAGAACACAGAGGGAAUUAGCCAGGGAUCAAAAUGCUCUUGAGAGGCAAGAAAAACAACUGGAAGCAGAGAUCAAGAAAAUGGCAAGACUUGGAAACAAACAGGCUGCAACAACACUUGCCAAGCAGCUGGUUAAUCUACGAAAACAGAAAACUAAAAAUAUGACUGUAAGUUCCCGUGUGAUGGCCAUUGGACACCAGUCACAAGCCAUGCACGCGUCAGCAAAAAUGGCAGGUGCCAUGUCUACAGCUACUAAGACCAUGGGAAGUGUAAAUGCCCAGAUGAAUCCAGCACAAUUACAACAAACUCUGCAGAACUUUGAAAUGGAAUCUUCAAAAUUGGACAUGAAGGAAGAAAUGAUGAAUGAUACUUUAGAGUCAAUAUUAGAUGAAUCAGGAGAUGAGGAGGAGCAGGAUGCGAUCGUCAAUCAAGUUCUUGAUGAGAUCGGCAUUGAAAUAUCUGGGAAGAUGGCAGAAGCACCUUCCGCGCAUGGCGGUAAAUUACCAACAGGACAACGGGCGGCAGCUUCCAAGGGAACAUCGGAUGCAGAUAUCGAGGAGAUGUUGGCUAAGUUGAAGGCCUAAAACAGAAGAAUGCCUCACACUGUGCUUACAUCUAGGGUUAAUUUUUGCAUGCCUGAUUAUUACUCAUUUCAUUUGAAGGAGUUUGAAAAAUAGUGCUGAAAUUACUAGAUUGUUGUUACAUUGGAAAAACGUUUUCUGUGAAGUCAAACUCUCAUUCAAAAAUUAGGGAUAUAAUAACAGUUAUUUAACUCUGAAUUUUGGCUGACGUGGUUGAUAAGAUAAUGCCAACAGGUUGUAUUGAUUAUAACUCGUUUUGCCUCCUGAGUAAAACUCGAUUAAUGAAUAAUGGGCCAAGUGUCACGUGAGAGUGCCCGAGUUGUGUGUCCAAAGGAAAGUGAGCAGGGCUCGCGAGUAUUCGCGUUCAUUCAUUCUCCCCCUGGCGAUUAUUUCCCUGGGAAAAUGGAAAAAUGUGAAAAGUAUAGGAACAAAUAGUUGAGAACAACGAGGAUAUUCUAUAAUAAGUGUACUGUCAACAACGCAUUUGUUUGUAAAAAUAUCAAUAAAUCAUGUUUGAAAGUC